UAAACAGCAAACAAGCAAGCCACUAUAAACAUUUCAUAUUGACUUAAAGACUUGAAAACGAAAAGCAGUAAAUAAAAUUUUAAUAAAAUAUUUAAGAACUAGCAAUGAUGGAGACUAUAAUGCACGUUGUUUCGGGUGCAUACAAUACAACGCUCACGCGCGAGCUUUUCAUCAACGAAUGGGCUCAGGAACGCUUGAGUUUUGGAAAGCCACUCUGGCACUUUUUCAGCGUUCAAUUGGAGCCAAGCAACAUGUUCAACAUUUUUAUUCCCCUAUGUGGCAUUUUUAGUCAGGAAAUCCUAUUGCAUCUGUUCACGGCGAUUAGUCUUAUUAGCACACUGAACUCCUUUGAAAAGUGGAUAUGUCCGGAGACGCGUCCUUUGUGGUUUCUGCGUGAGCAGUAUGCCAAUAGGAGAGUACUCAAGAAACCGAAGGUGGCCCUGGAAAGUAAUCAGCUAAGCUGCGAGGUUACCGGUGGGCUGCCCUGCGCCCACUCGAUGACCUUCACCGUGUUCGUGCUGAUCCUGGCCUCGUUCUUCUUCGUCCGCUGCUGGGAUCGCUUUGUGUCCUGGCGUUCGCCCUUCUGCCGCUGCCUCAUGUAUCUGCUUAUCAUUGGAAUGGUGGUCUGCAUGUGGCUGAGUCGCCUCUACCUGGCCACCGAGUUUCUGCACCAGUGCAUCCUGGGCAGUUACUUCGGGAUCAGGGCGCUCAGCACCUUCGAGGCACAUGUGAAGUACUUGUUCUCCCGACCACGUGGCAAUGCAGUCUCGACUGUUUGCUUCUUGGGAGGAUUGGCGGUGUCGGUGUACUUUGUGAAGCUGCAACUCGAUAUGGAUCCCCAUUGGUCGGUGCGCGAGGGUUUCAAAUGGUGUCCAGAGCCCACAUACUUGCGUCACGAAGUUACUCCAGUCUUUGGACUGGUCAGAGAUCUAGGCAAUCUAAUGGGACUGGCUUUGGCCUCGCCGCUAUAUAAGGUAGAAAUGAAGCAAUCAUCCUUUUGGCGGCGAUGCCGACUCCUUGGACUUCUGGAGUUUGUCAACUAUGGAUUGCGUCUAUCCACGAUGAAGCAGUCGGGUCGCUUUGCUUUCUUGGCCUACGAGUUCAUAAGAAAUGCCGCCCAUUCCCUGGUACUGAUAAAGUACCUACCCAAAUUUUACUAGAACGUAGGUUUUUUUCCAAUUUUGUACAGAUAAAAACUAAGGUCACUGAAUAAAAUAACUACUGGGACAAAA